UUGUGUGUGUUAAGCAAGCUCUAGAACCGUUUGGAAUUGAUAGUGUGCUCGAGAAGGCUGACGUGUUGGCGAGCAGGCCAAUACUAAUUGGUAGUUGCACUGAUGGAGCAUCAGUAAAUAUUGGUCAACGCAACGGUAUGCGAGGAAAAAUGCAACGAGCACUCCCGUGGAUUUUUUGGGGGUGGUGUUAUGCUCACAGGCUGGAGCUGGCUUGUAAAGACUCGUUCACCAGCGGUCUAUUUCAGGGUAUUAGUGACAUGCUACUCCGUCUAUACUACCUAUACUCCAAGUCUCCAAAGAAACUGAGAGAGCUGGCAGAAGUAGUCAGUGACCUGAGAGGAGUGUUUGAAUUCCCAAAGAGUGGUGAUACCCCAAUUCGCUCUGAGGGUAGUCGAUGGAUUUCGCACAAACGCCAGGCAUUGCAGAGGAUUGUUGAUCGCUAUGGUGCGUACAUGGCUCACCUUGAAUCUCUAGCAGAAGAUCGCUCAGUUUCAAAUGUUCAAAGACUUGAUUCUAGCAUGCGAGAGAGACUUGAGUGGUCAGAUGUCAACUUACUUCGAGCAAUACUGACAUUUCUUGAUACCCAAACUUGGCGCGCCCCAGUGGCAGAGGCGGAGGACAAAGCACUCACAGAAGUUCAGAAUGCUGUUGAUGUAAUAGCAACCACAUUCAGAGAACCCCUGGAGGCUGUAGGUGUUCGAAUUCUGGAACUUCAAGACGAAAUAACUGAAGUAUUAGAGUAUUCUCGACAAUAUUUGUCAAUAGAAACAGACGGUUACAAGAGUGUAUGGUACAAGCUCCAUGUUUGCCCAGAUGCUGUCAGAUGGGAAAAUGUCAUUUUGUUGUGUGAGCUAUGUUUUAGCCUCCCUUUUUCUAAUGGGUGCAUAGAGAGAAUGUUCUCGGCUUUGAAACUGGUAAAAACAGAUCGUAGAACACAACUUAGUCAUCAAAUGCUAACUGACAUUCUAGAAAUUCGACUAGAGGGACCUCCACUUGAAGAUUUUUCACCUAACAAAGCUGUGGAAACUUGGUGGAAUGACUCUACACGAAGACCUAAUCAGAGUACUCGCAACCGGUAUGCUCCUCGUAGCGGUGAGGGCUCAACAAGUACAUCAAUAACAAUUCCUGACGAAGCUGAGUCCGACUCUACCUUGUCACUGGAUGAAUGGGAUUCCUGGUUCGAUAACUAAUAAAUUUUCACCUUUGACCUUAUACUGAUACAUUAAUUAUGUGUAUAAUUAUUAAUUAUCUCGAUCCUACAUAAUAACUAUGUGAACGUGUAAUAUAAUUAUCAUUCAUGACAAGAAAAUUAUACGACUAUUAAUCCAUCAAAUGUCUCGAGGCAUCUAAAAUAC